CGGCGGAGCGGGCGGGGCAGCGCCGGGUCAGGGGUGAUCCCGGGAUGGUGUCCCGGGAAUGGUGUCCAGCCCGCGCCCAGCCCGGAGCCCGCGGCACGGCGGAGACCCGCCCGAGGAUCACAAUGGCCCAAAGGAUGUUUAGAACACGUUUGCUAUUCUGCUUUCUGGCUGCAUUCUUCAUCUCUGCCCUAGCUGAGGAACACGUAGGAGAGAGUCAACAUCCAAAUAUUCGCCUUGAUAAGAAUUUGGUACAAGAUAAAGAACACAUCAUGGAACACUUGGAAGGUGUUAUCGAGAAACCAGAAUCUGAGAUGUCUCCACAAGAGUUGCAGCUCCAUUACUUCAAAAUGCAUGAUUAUGAUGGCAAUAAUUUGCUAGAUGGGUUAGAGCUUGCUACUGCUAUCUCACAUGUCCACAAAGAGGAAGGUGGUGAGCAUACCCAAGCAAUGAAGGAAGAAGAGCUGAUUAGUCUAAUAGAUGAUGUCUUACGAGAUGAUGACAAGAACAACGAUGGAUACAUUGACUAUGCAGAAUUCGCAAAAUCACUGGAAUAAGGGUUUGUUUCUCCUUCUAGCCACGUGAAAAUGUGAACCAGUAUAAUGUGAUUCAUUACUGUCUCAUGUCAACCUCUGUGCUGUGAGAAGGAGAGGUGUACCAGUUCCAGCUGAAUUUAUUUGAAAGUUCUAUGUGUUAAGAGGCUGGCUAACUUGGAGUGAGAGCCAUGUUUGACUAAAUGUAACUACACAUUUGAAUGAUGCACAUGGGAGUGUCAACAGUACUCACACAGGGUACAGCUGACAAACUCAUAAGUAGCUCCCUGUGAAUACUAAAUAGAAUCAUUAGCAUCUAAAUUUCUGGGUUUCAAUCAUUAGGUUUUAUAGUUCUUAUUUGCUUACAUCUUCUAUUUAAAAUUAUACCUAGAAAGCAAGAAAUGAUUACUGCAUAUAGUUGUAUUCCAAGGAUAAAUGUCUUCACCUUCUCUCUAAUUUACAGGGAAAUCUGCAGAUAAGUGCAGGAGCUUGAAACAGCAGUUGUAGGGGGAAAGCAUUUGAAUGUGGGUUACAUUUCAGUUCCACAUGACACCAUAUGGACUUAAACAGUCUUUGAAUAAAUUGAGUAUUGUUAAAUAUAUGUACUUCCUAGCAUACCCUUACAUAUAAAUAUAUAUACAUGUUUUUCAA